AUGUCAUAUUAUCAGAAAAAUAUGGACUCAAUUAGGAGCAUAAUUUAUGCGUUCUUAGAUGACAAACGCAAAGACGACAAACCCGAAGAUGACGAACCCAAAGAUGACAAUCUCGAAAAUGACGAACUCGGAUUUUUAGGCAUAUCUUUGUAA